AUGAUCGAUCCAAAGGAGCCUACUCUCUGUGAUUUCUCCCCAAACUCAUCAACUUAUAAGUCAGAGAAAGCAACAAUGACCGAUAGGAAGAAUCAUUCGCACCUAGCGGAGGUCAACGAAACAGGACAUGUACAAGAAGUCGAACGGAAUUUCUCUCUACUUUCUAUAUGCUCAGUUGGUCUUGUUACUGGAAAUACUUGGGCUGCUUUAGGUGGUAGUAUUGCUAUAGCGAUUUAUAAUGGGGGUCCACCAGGAGUCUUAUAUGAAUUCAUUGCUGUUUCAAUGUUCUAUUGGCUUGUCGCAGCUUCUUUGGCCGAGUUAGCUUCAUCAAUGCCUAGUAGUGCUGGAGUUUAUCACUGGGCAUCCAUUACUCCUGGUCCUAAAUAUGGUAGAAUUUGUGGUUGGUUCGCUGGUUGGUGGAAUACAUUUGCUUGGAUUUGUGGUGCAGCAACCAUGUCAUCUAUUGCCUCAAAUGUUGCCGUCGCAAUGUAUGGUCUCUACCAUCCUGAUUAUAUAGUGGCCAGAUGGCACAUUUUCAUCGGUUAUAUUAUUGUAACCUGGAUCGCUUGCUCUAUAGUCUUAUUUGCAAAUCGAGCUCUUCCAAUGAUUAAUAACAUUGGACUUGCGUUCAUCCUGGGUGGUGUCUUUAUCACGAUUGUGGUUUGUGUAGUUAUGCCAUCUGGAACAGGACAUGCUACCCAUUCUUUCGUCUGGGCCGAUUGGGCUAAUGAUACAGGCUACUCCAGUAAUGGGUUCGUUUUUCUCGCAGGCAUGUUGAAUGGUGCUUAUGCUGUCGGUACACCUGAUUGUGUCUCUCAUUUGGCGGAAGAAAUCCCAAAUCCUAAGCGCAACAUCCCUCUUGCAAUUGGUGCUCAAAUGAGUAUUGGUUUUAUAACCGCAUUUGCAUAUACAAUAGCUAUCUUCUACUCAAUUACCGAUCUCGAUACUGUAUUAGCCGCACCUUUCUUCCCACUCACUCAAAUAUAUCUACAAGCCACAGGCUCCACUGCUGGAACAACUGGUCUUCUCUUUGCUAUUUUCUUUCCGAUUUUUUGUACCCUCAUCGGAACAUACAUCACAGCAGGAAGAUGUCUCUGGACACUCGCUCGAGACGACGCAGUUCCAUUCUCCAAUUGGCUACACAUAAUCCACCCACGCCAUAAAAAUCCCUUCAAUGCAACCAUCGCAUGUGGUCUCUGCAGUACCAUCCUAGGAGCUAUAUAUGUCGGCUCAUCAACAGCAUUCAAUGCCUUUGUCGGAUCCUUCGUCGUUCUCCUCACCCUUUCAUAUCUAGCCUCCAUCCUUCCCUUCAUCCUCACCGGUCGCUUUACUCGCUCUUCUAAAGCACCAGGUCCCUACAAUAAUAAAAUGGUUCCCGGCUGGUUCGUAAUGGGCAAUAUUGUGGGUUACACAAUCAACAUUAUCAGCUGUGCUUACAUCAUCGUCUUCGUGGUAAUAUAUUGUUUCCCCUACGCAACACCGUUCGAUGCAGCAAGCAUGAAUUAUUCAAGCCUAAUCGCAGGCGCAUUGUCGAUAGCAGCAGCUUUGUGGUGGGUGGUUAAAGGGAAUACUUAUGUAGGUCCUCAAGCUAGUAUUCAUGGUAACCAGGAGUCGGAUAUUAGUACUGUAGCGCUGUGCACGAAACCUCGCCUACCGGGAGAUGCAGCUAUCGAAUUCAUGAAGACUAGUGGAAUGGUACCGGAUGGUAUUGUUUAUGACAAGGGAAUGGAUGCUUUUGUGUCUACUUCCGUCGCAUCAGAGGAGGAAGAGAAAAUCAAGCGUUUUUGGUCAGAUACAACGGAAGAUAGCAGGAAGCUAUGCAAGGCAAUAACUAAACUGCACGAAAAGCUUGCUGAAAAAGAUCCCAAAAGUGGGAAAUUAGAUUUUCGACAAGGGACCUGGGAGCAGGUUAUGAAAGAAUUCAACAAGACACUCGAAUUCUACAAAGCGCAAAGGAAGAGUGGAAAGAAACUUGGGAAGGUGUUCGACUCAUUUCAGAAAUUAGGUGAGAAUGCUGAAAUAUUUGAGCAAUGGUUGCAACUCCUGUCAAAUGGUGAUUACGGUUCUGGAGUAUGUGGUGCUUUCAAAAUCAUACUAGGCGCGGCAACGAUAUUGCGAAACAUUGAUCAGACCAUAUAUGAAAUGUUGCAAAAAAUUCCCGAAGAAAUUGGUCAUGCUCAGCGAUAUUUGAAAAUCUAUAGUGAUGUGAAUGGAGUCAAGCUGGUUCAAAAGACUGCCUUACUAUUCAGUGCCGUCCUUAACGCGCUCGAGGAAAUUAUUAUCCUGCUUACAAAAGGUCGUGGGAAAAAAUUCUUCAAAGCAAUAAUAUUCGGAGAGAAGUACGGAAGCAAGAUUAUGGAAUGCCUCAAGCGAGUUCAAACUCUAUCAAAGGAACUAGACAAGGAAGCCACAACAUGCGAUAGGGUCAGACUUCAACAGAUGGACGGAGAUAUACAUGCGAUUAAAUCACUACUUUCUGGAGAUCUAAAAGAAGGCUUCCACAAGUUUAAACAGCGACUGAGUGGCAACAUGCACCAAUUCUUUAUUUCGAAUCCAAGCCUAGAUCCACAUACAAGGAGACCCCAACUUGAUUGUUUAACUUCAAGUCAACCACCUCAUCAUAAGUCACGCCCAAAACGGGUGAAAAGCGGGAUUACUGGGAGUCUCCCUUCAAUCUCAGAACUAAUUGAGAUGAUGGGGUAUGAUAAUUCUCAGCCUUUCGGCGAUAUCAAAACAUGCCAAUUAGAACGUGAAAACUUGUCACUUGAUGAUAAAGAUCGAGUAUCUCAUAUCGCUAAGUCUGAGAAAUUCACAUCUUGGCUAUUCAAUACCGAUAAAUCGGGAUCCCUUUUAAUCCUGGGUAACAUGUCCGAAAAUCAAGCUUUCAUCAGUCCACUGUCCUAUUUUUCCGCUGAGCUAUCUCAGAUAUACGCUCAAUCAGAUUCCACAGCAACUUUGAGCUUCUUCUGUGGCCUUCACUCGGAUUCUUUUAAUCCUCGAGAUAAUGCUAGAGGAAUGAUCAAUAGCCUUUUGGGGCAGCUACUAAGCCACGAUAGGCUCGGAAAAUGCUUUGAUCUCCAAUUCAUGAAUGAGCGUCUACUAACCCAAUUCAAAGACGACAGUGUUGAGGCGCUAUGUUGUAUCUUCGCAAACCUUGUUAAGCAGAUUAAAGAAAGUGUGGUGUUGUUCUGCUUCAUAGACACUAUUAACCUCUAUGGAACUCGAGCAAGAGUUAUAGAAAAUGCGACUGUCAUGAGAAUGAUAACGAAGUUGGUCAGAGACCUGAAUAAACCGUCGAAGAAGUCCAACACAAAUGGGAAUCAAAAAAUGAGAGUGAUAGUGAAGGUAUUGGUAACGGAUCCUGGGAACAAUUGUGGCGUAGAAGAGUUUUUCGAGGACGAAGAGCAAUAUUUGGUCGAGGAAUAUAUUGAUGGGAACAGCCAAGGAGUGGUGGUUAUGGAUGGACUUGGACCAUAA